ACACAGAUUCUUCAUAGAAGCAAUUCGAUUUGAGGCAGAUGACAAUUUUAUAUUUUAUUUGAAUUGAAGUAAAUAUAUUAAUGUAUAAAUAAAUUAAUUACUUAUCUUUUGGUGAUGAGUGCUAGAAAAAUCCUUUUUUAAAAUCCUCAGCAUCAUUUAUGUUUUGUGCAUUUUAACGUUCGGUUGUUGCAGAAAAGAAAGGAACCCUCGUUGAAGCAGGAAUGAGCCGUUUGCAAGGAUCUUCUUCACUUAAACGGAAACGACAAGACUUAGCCUCAGUGUCUGAGUCUUUGACAGAUGGAGAGCGUGUACUCUAUAAUCUCAUUCAUAGCAAGAACGAUAUGGGAAUCUGGACAGGAGACAUGAAACGGGAAACAAACCUGCCUGACAGCAUAGUAAAAAAAUCCCUUAAGUUGCUUCAGUCAAAGAAUCUGAUAAAAGAGGUUGUUAACAUUCAAAACAAAGGGAGAAAGCACUACAUGGCAACAGAGUUUGAACCUUCCAAGGAAAUCACUGGUGGGGAUUGGUAUAAUCAAGGGAGUCUUGAUACAGAAUUCAUAAACCUUGUAAAGGACGUGUGCUUGAAGUACAUUUUCAGGCAGAAAGUUGCCACACGUGAUGGAGUCUUGGAGUGGAUCAGAAAGAGCGAAGUCUUCACUGCUGAAGUCACGACGCAGCAAAUAGAUGAGAUUUUGCGAACUUUGGUUUUGGAUGAUGAGAUUGUAGAGGUGAAGAGCACUGGAUUUGGGGAUUUUGCAUCUGUUCCUAUUGGCAGAAUUUGUUACAGAUGUAAAAGCAAAGGUGGGAAUAGAGGGGAAGAGAAGCCUGGUGCCAUGGCUUCCAUUCCAUGUGGAGUUUGUCCCCGAAUAAACUUUUGUACACCAGAUGGCAUUGUAUCCCCAAGAACUUGUGUCUAUUUUCAGAAAUGGUUGGAUUUUUGAAGGAUUCAAAAACCAAUUCAUGAGUAGCUAUUAUAUUUGUAUUUUAAACAUUGUACUUUAUGUAUCAAAGAUCCUUGUCAUUAAAAUCAAAACUGUUUUUGUGGGUCAUCUCUCUCAGUUAGUAAUCUUGGUUGGUGGUCAUCCAAAUUAGAGUAACCAAUCUUUUACAACUAUUUUAUGAAUCCAUCAAAUAGAAAAAAGAAAAAUGAAAGCUAUUCGAUCUGUUCAUCGAUCAGAUU